UCUGUAGAAUGCUAACCUUUUUCUAUAGGUCUGAUCAUAACAUUGUCUGUCAUUUUUAAAGAAUGUUAAGAAUUUCUUGCUUCACCUUUUCAUUCAUGAGAAAAACUUUGAUACUCUCGCAGUGUGUGAUGGAUGAUAAACUGGCACUCAGAAAUUACAUAUAAAUUGCAUAUGUCGCAUACAAGUAAUCAAACUAAAUAGACCAACGUAGGAGUACACGUUUAGAUGUAUCAUGAGCAAAAAAAUUAAGUUUAUUUGAUCAUCUAACUAUCUGAUUGGUGGACAUUUAUUUGACAGUUGAAAAUGGAAAAAAAUAAAAUGAAAAUCCUAGUCUUAUUUCAACAAACAAGUGUCCAUGAAUCAAAGGUCAGGAUUGUUCAACCAAUCUGAUGUUUGGAUUCUAAUUUUGGUCCAGUACAUCCCACACUUUAGUUAGUUUUUUUUGAGUUAAUAUAUACCACGUGUACUGUUUCUAGGUGCCUAUGUAGCAAGCAUUAUACACAGCUGGAGUAUCAUAUAACUCCCCUUCAUACAUAUGGUGUCAAGUCCAUAGCUCAAUGUAAUAUAAUCUGCAGCCUUUAAGUGGUCUGUUUGAUACUCAACCAAAGAAAUGAACCAAAAAAGAAAAAGAAAAAGAAAAAACUAGAGUAUUAAAUCAUCACUUGUGAAUGGACUGAAAAAUGUUCUUGUGGAAGCUACAUAUGGCUGCAGAUGCAACUUCUAUUUGUGUCAUGAGCUUUGCUAAGCCUACACACGUGUGCAAUAAAGCACAUGUACAUGCCACACCUGUGCCAACAUGGUAUGAUAGUUCCAAGUUGCAAUCGAUCCAUCAGAAUGCCACCACUAUAUUGAUGACCUAGCCCUAGAAUCAAGUUGAUCCACUGAUCAGGUGGGCCACAGUUAGCAGAACAAAUGUAUGCUCUGAAAAACAUGGAUAAAGUUUUAUAACCCAUCUAUAUGUUUCCAAUAUUGGGGCCUACAUGCUGAGUGGCCAGAUUUAUUUAUGGGAAAACAUGUAAGGUCGGACCAACCUGAUGGAUGGAUUAGAUCUCACACCUAUGUGCCAUGCUGGCACAUGUGUGGCAUGUACGUGAGCUUUAUUGCACAUGCAUUUGUGCUUAGCAGAACUCUUGCAACAUAAUGUCCCUAGGUGGAGUUGCAUGCCUGUAUGAAUUAAAGGGUGGCUGCUUAACUGAAAAUCCCUCAUCCAUAGUAGGUCCAAUAUGAAUUGCAUUUCGAAUUUUACGUACCUGAAUUGAAGAAAAUGUUUAAAUUUUACUACGUUUAAUACCCUGUGCUUUUCACUUCUGUUGGGUUGCAUUGCAUGACAAAGACAGCAUUUUGAAUUCAAUAAAAUUUCCAGGAUGGAUAAUCGCUAGCCACAGGAUGGAUGGUUCACCUUCUUUUGCCUUGCAUCUGGGGCUGCUUGGAAAGCAGAAGUUACAUUAGGCUGUCCGUAUUUUCACAUUGGUCCGCCCCAAAUUUCAAGUUGGAUGAUAAUCAGUCUCCUGAAAUUUCAGGCAGAGCUCACAUCAUCUGCCACCAAAAGUGGAUCACACAAACGCACCCUAAACUAACAUCACACUUUGAGGAUUUCCUGAAUCUGUGCUUGAGAUCUGUGGAUUUUCCCCAGGACUUCUGUGGAGCAUUUACAUAGUGGAUCCGAAAUAGUGUAUUUACAGGAAGCAAGCUGGCCCUGGGCCCCAUGGAGGCUAAUGGUCAUAGGAAAACAAGGAGAAAGGAUCACACUGUUCAAGAAAACUGUGAUCCAAACUUGUUGAAUAAUGUUGAAGAGUUGGAUCCAUGGACAGCAUGGGCAUACAAGCCUCGUACUAUUUCCUUGCUACUUUUUGGUGCAUGUCUUCUUAUUUGGGCUAGUGGAGCUCUUGAUCCAGAAAGCACUCCUGUAGAUAUUGUCACAUCUGUGAAGAGGGGAGUUUGGGCGAUGAUUGCGGUAUUUCUCGCUUAUUGCUUACUCCAAGCACCUUCAACGGUGCUUAUUCGGCCACAUCCUGCAAUUUGGCGUUUGGUUCAUGGAAUGGCAGUUGUUUACCUUGUUGCCCUUACAUUUUUGCUUUUUCAGAAGCGCGAUGAUGCUCGGCAGUUCAUGAAAUAUCUCCAUCCCGAUCUUGGUGUUGAGCUUCCUGAAAGAUCAUAUGGAGCUGAUUGCCGCAUUUAUGUGCCCGAGAACCCCACGAGCAGGUUUAAGAAUGUUUAUGAUACUUUGUUCGAUGAAUUUGUUUUAGCCCACAUUUUCGGAUGGUGGGGUAAGGCAAUAAUGAUUCGUAAUCAGCCCCUUUUGUGGGUACUGUCAAUUGGAUUUGAAUUAAUGGAGCUUACAUUCCGCCACAUGUUACCAAACUUUAAUGAGUGCUGGUGGGAUAGCAUUAUUCUAGAUAUUUUAAUCUGCAAUUGGUUUGGCAUUUGGGCAGGAAUGCAUACCGUCAGGUACUUCGAUGGGAGAACAUACGAGUGGGUUGGUAUAAGUCGCCAGCCAAAUAUUAUUAGUAAAGUGAAACGAACACUCGGCCAAUUCACACCCGCUCAAUGGGACAAAGAUGAGUGGCACCCUCUGCUCGGACCAUGGCGAUUCAUCCAAGUGAUCAGUCUUUGCAUCGUGUUUUUGACUGUGGAGCUCAAUACCUUCUUCCUCAAGUUCUGUCUUUGGAUUCCUCCUCGAAAUCCCAUCAUUGUGUAUAGGUUGGUCCUGUGGUGGCUAAUCGCAAUACCAACCAUUCGUGAGUACAACUCGUAUUUACAGGACAGAAAACCAGUGAAGAAGGUGGGAGCAUUCUGCUGGCUUUCACUUGCCAUAUGCAUAGUCGAACUCCUUAUCUGCAUCAAGUUCGGCCAUGGUCUAUUUCCCAACCCAAUGCCGCCAUGGUUGAUUGUCUUCUGGGGAUCGGCUGCAUCAGCCCUAAUGUUAUUCUUGCUCAUUUGGUCAUGGCAACUCCAACGUAGCAUGGAGAGGAAGAGGUUAUGAUUUUGCUGCUGCGGUGCUCUCUUUUUUCUUGGCACUCCCUCAUACAAAUAUUUAUCAUGUACAUACCGAUCACCCUUCCUGUUCUGUAAAUGCUUAUGCUGUUGAAUGAGGUUCGGUUAUUAGAAAAAAUGGUGUUUUCUUUUCUGGUUAGCAGCGGGGAAUAUUUUUUGAACUGAAUCUACAGUUUCUGCCAAUGAGCGAAAAAAUGAAUGGUUGAAGGGGUUUUGUUUUUUUUUUU